AUGGGGGUCCAACGUAUUUUUCAAGUUUUCACUGCUGUGCUACUUGUGAUUGCCUCCCUGGCAGAUAAGAACCUACCCUCAGCACAAACACCAACACCAGCUCACCAACCUUCUUAUGGCCACCCUUUCGACCCAUACCAAACAAAUACGUACCAAGUAGCUCACUCAGGUGCACAGGAUUACCAAUCUCAAUUCUCUGGGUAUGGACAGCAGCAAUACGGACCACAGUCUGCUCCUUCUGGGUACUCUCAGUUUGAACAGACAUACGGGACAUCAGCAUCACAGCAGAAUACUUACGGGAAUCCACAACAAGCCUACGCUCAACAGCAAGCACCAUACGAUGGCGCCUCAGCAGAUCCAUACUCCGUAUACGGCCAGCAACAAGGUUAUGAAACCCAGCAGCAUCAAGGGUACCAACAACAGCAGCCAUCAUACGGUACAGCCACGGCCCCAGCUACAGCGACACACUCUCCAUACAGCCCAGGCCCAGCCGUGCAGAUCCCAUACGAACAGCAGCAAUACGGCCAAGUAGCAGACCCAUACGCCGUGCAUGGACAGGAGUUUGUCUAUACACAGGACCAAACGGGAUACGCACCAGUACUUGAUCCAUUCUUUCAGUACCAACAAGACGUCUACGGACAACCGCAGGAACAGGUGUAUUCACAACAACAGCAAGCGUCAUAUGGCACAGCUCCUGCACCAGCCCCUGUACCUGCACCUGCACCAGCCCCUGCACCUGCACCUGCACCAGCCCCAGCCCCCGCACCUGCGCCUGCACCAGCUCCUGCUCCAGCCCCUGCACCAGCUCCUGCACCAGCUCCUGCACCUGCACCAGCCCCAGCCCCUGCACCUGCACCAGCCCCAGCCCCCGCACCUGCACCUGCACCAGCCCCGGCCCCAGCACCUGGCCCUCAGACUUACCAGGGUUUUCAGCCAACUCAACAACAAAACUUGCUCCCAACAUACAAUUCCCCGCUAGACCCCAGAUUCACCUACGGCAAUCAGCUGCCUAGCAGCAACGUUGACUCAUACCGACCUGGUCCUGAGGCCGUGGGUUACUACCAGUUCUAUGACAAUUUCUUCUAUGGGCAACAGCCAGUCCCAGCCCCAAUCCCAGACCCGGCUCCGGCCGAAGCCCCGGCUCCAGCCCCAGCUCCGACCCCAGUCCCUGCCCCUGCUCCAGCACCAGUUCCAGCCCCGGCUCCAGCCCCGGUUCCAUCCCCGGCUCCAGCACCGGUUCCAGCCCCAGCCCCAGCCCCAGUCCCAGCCCCUGCUCCAGCACCGGUUCCAGCCCCAGCCCCAGCACCGGUUCCAGCCCCGGCUCCAGCACCGGUUCCUGCUCCGGCCCCAGUCCCAGCCCCGGCUCCAGCCCCGGCUGUGAACCCCGUCCACCCGUACCCAUACAUUCCCCUGUAUUACCCAUUCCCAGGCCAGGUUGCUCCUUCUUACGGACGACCAGAAACCACUCCCAGCCCUACCACCACCACUUCUACAACAACAACAACAACCAAAAAAGCUCCUCGAAGAUACUUCCCGAGACCACAAUACUACCAGCCAACCUAUUUCCAAUCCAAUUUUCCAGUUUACGCACCAGUAAGAGCCCCAGCCCCAGCUCCAGUCCCAGCCCCAAUCCCAGCCCCAGCCCCGGCCCCAGCCCCAGCCCCAGCCCCAGCCCCAGCCCCAGCCCCAGCCCCAGCCCCAGCCCCAGCCCCAGCCCCAGCCCCAGCCUAUCCUUUUGGUAGCUACGGCUCUUACGCCUCUCGCGUGCCGCCAGCUGUAGCACCAGCCCCGCAGGAGCCAGCUCGUUCCACCACAACAAGACCAUGCUUCCUGAAGCCGGACCCUCAGAACCAGAACGGCUACAUGUCUGGCAACGUCGCCAUGAUCUGCCCCGCUAACCUGAUCUUUAAUCCUGAGCGUUGUAUGUGCGACUGGGACCCAUCCAGAAAGCCUGUAGCUCCAGCUCCAGUCCCGGUCCCAGUCCCAGCCCCAGCACCAAGGCGGGUCUACCGGCCGUUCGUACCAAACUACCGCUCGUAUCAAAAUCGUUACUCCAUGUACAACUAG